AUGGACAGCAACAACUGGCUAGAAGCCCCGAAGUGGGGCAGCGCUACGGACAACACGGUGGGUCAGCUGAGCCAGACGCUGGGAACGCUGGGGCAGGGCGUGCUGGGCGGGUCGGCGGCCAAGGAGGAGCUGGAGCACAACGCGUGGGGCGCGGGGCCAGAACGGACGGGCAACGAGAACGACGGGGCGGAGGGGCAGGAGGAACACUCGCAGAAGCUGCUGAGCACGCUGGCGCCGCACGAGGACCCGCUGCAGGGGCUGGGGGAGAUACGGUCGCCGGGGAAGGACGACCCGCUGUUUGCCGGGGGCUCGCCUCUGACGGUGGAGCCGGAGCCGCAGGGCACGAACCGGGCAGCGGGGGGCAAGAAGCACGGGAAGGUGCAGCGGCUGUUCAGCACGACGAUGCGGCGGCGGGCGGCGCUGGGCGCAGAGCAGCGCGCGGACCUGAUCCAGGACCCACUGGCGCGCGAGGCGGCGCCGACGCAGCCGGCGCCGGCGGUGGAGGUGGCGCGGCCACGGGUUGCGGUGCAGGCGGAGGCGCCGCUGUUUGAGCUACCGGCGCAGGAGCGUGUGGAGACGGCGCCGGCGGCGCCGGUGGCGCUUGAGACGUUUGCCAUCGCGGUGGUGGACCCAGUGAAGGUCGCGGACCGGACGUUCUCGCACGUGGAGUACUCGGUGCGCACGCGGUCGCCGCUCGUGGGCGAUGCGGAGGUCAGCGUGCAGCGGCGGUACCGGGACUUCCGGUGGCUCUACCGGCAGCUUCAGAGCAACCACUGGGGGAAGGUGAUUCCGCCGCCCCCAGACAAGCAAAAGGUGGGGCGGUUCAAGCAGGACUUCAUCGAGAAUCGGCGGUUCCAGAUGGAGCGAAUGUUGCAGCGCAUCGCGCAGAACGCGGCCCUACAGAACGACCAGGACUUCCUGUUGUUCCUCACGAGCACGAACUUUGUGCAGGACUCGAAGGAGCGCGAGCAGGCCACUGGCUCGCGCGCGUCGAGUGACAGCAACGAUCUUUCGGAGAUUCACCUGAGCGAGCUGACGCUUCUGGGGCCUGACGAUGCAGAGAGCGUUAUUCGCAACGGAGGGUUGGAAAGCGACACCGGGUCUCUCUUCAUGAGUCUUUCCUUCAGUUCAGUGCCCAAAUAUACAGAGCCAGAUACCUUUAUCAUGGAAAAACGGCAGCAUAUCGAUGUAAUGGAGGAGCAGCUACGUCAGAUGUACAAGUCCUUAGAGCUCGUGGAUAGUCAGAAAAACGAGCUAGUGUCUGUAAUCAAGGAGUUCGCGGCCACGAUCAAUUCUCUGGUGGAAUUGGAAGCCUCGAAGAGGAUAUCGAGCAUUUUAUCGAACUUUGCGGAAGUCCACUUGCGCAUUAUGGAGUCUCUCCAACGGACUUCCCUGCAGGACUCGCUGACUCUCGGUGUGACGAUCGAUGAAUACCUCAGGUCACUAGGCAGUAUCAAGGCGGUUUUCAAUCAGCGGGCAAAGUUGGGCUACUAUUUGGUCAUUGUCGAAUCCGACCUACACAAGAAGCAAGCACAUCUGCAGAAACUAACGACAAGCGGCAAGAGUCCAACUGAUAAAGCCGCUGCGGCCAAGCAGGAGCUCGCCAACCUACAACGGAGGCAUAAGACAAUAAAGGAUCACUGGGAACACAUUGCAGAAACUUUGCGGGAUGAGCUAGCAGCAUAUAGUGAAGCUAAAAUCACAGAUUUCAGGAACAACCUGGAGAUAUACCUCGAAUCUGCGAUCGAAACACAAAAGGAGUGCAUUGAACUGUGGGAAACAUUCUACCAAAAUAAUUUGUAG